GGAAGACGAGCUGGACGAUGGUGGUUCGCUAAAUCAAGGUCGCAGGUCGUCCAGGCUGACUGUCCUGUCUCUUUCCAGAGGACCUGCGCUGUCUCACAGCAGGAAUGCCGGGCGUGGAGUACGGCGAGCUGGCCGGCAGCCUGCCUGCCAUCGGCUCCCUGAACGCCUCCUACUCCACGUCGCUGUCGCUCCCCUCGCCGUACCUGAUGGUGCCCCCCGCCGAGCGGAAGGCCAUCUCCGAUGUGCGCCGCACCUUCUGCCUCUUCGUGACGUUCGACCUCCUCUUCAUCUCCCUCCUCUGGAUCAUUGAGCUGAACAUUUCCAGCUCAAUCUGGGAAAGUUUACAGAAUGAGGUUGUUCAUUACAACUACAAAUCUUCCUUUUUUGACAUCUUUCUCCUCGCCGUCUUUCGCUUCCUGUGCCUGCAAGUGGGCUACGCCGCUUUCCGGCUGAGGCACUGGUGGGUCAUCGCGGUUACCACCCUGGUCACCAGCGUCUUCCUCGUCGUGAAGGUCAUCGUCUCCAGUCUCCUCUCCCAGAAUGCCUUUGGCUACGUCAUCCCCAUCACCUCCUUCGUGGUGGCGUGGCUGGAGACGUGGUUUCUGGACUUCAAGGUCCUCACUCAGGAGGCCGACGACGAGCGAGCCUACCUGGCGGCGGUGAACGCGGCGUGCGAACGGGCCCCCAUAAUCUACCCCCGAGCCGUUUCAGAUGGACAGUUUUACUCCCCGCCGGAAUCCGUGGCAGGCUCCGAGGACGACCUGGACGAGGAGGGGCUGGGCCGCCGGGCCGUCACCGCUCAGGAGAAAGAGUACGUGCGUCAGGGCCGGGAAGCCAUGACGGUGGUGGAGCAGAUCCUCUCCCAGGAGGACAACUGGAAGUUUGAGAAAAACAACGACAUGGGAGACUCUGUGUACACCCUGGAGAUUCCUUACCAUGGGAAGACUUUCAUUCUCAAGGCCCUGAUGCAGUGCACGGCGGAGCUGGUGUACCAGGAGGUGAUCCUGCAGCCGGAGAAGAUGGUCCAGUGGAACAGGACGGUGUCUGGCUGUCAGAUCCUCCAGAGGGUGGACGACAACACCCUGGUGUCGUACGACGUGUCGUCCGGAGCGGCGGGCGGCGUCGUGUCUGCCCGAGACUUUGUGAACGUCCGGCGGGUGGAGCGCAAGCGGGACUGUUACAUGUCGGCCGGCAUGGCGACCAGCCACGACGCCAAGCCUCCCAGCGGACGCUUCGUCAGGGGGGAAAACGGCCCGGGAGGCUUCGUGGUCCUCAAGUCCAGCAGCAACCCGUCCGUCUGCACCUUCAUCUGGGUGCUCAACACCGACCUGAAGGGCCGCCUGCCGCGCUACCUCAUCCACCAGAGCCUCGCCGCCACCAUGUUCGAGUUCAUGACGCACUUACGCCAGCGGAUCGCCGACCUGCGGCCGUCCCUCCGCCCCCACCACCACCACCACCACCAUCAUCAUGUGUAACGCGGGCCAGAGAGCGCGGCGCCGCCACCGCCUGGCCGGGAGGAGGCAUCACGGUUCCCGCUGCCCCCUGUGAUCCUUCAGAGCCGAGGAGGCGUCGCUCUGCUCCCGUACGGACCUGAGCGGGAAGAGACGGACUCAGGCAGCAGGCGCUCGGCCCCUCCCCCUCUCUCUGUACUCUUUUAUGAAUCGUGACCACGUGCAUCGACCUGGAACCGACCUGCUGUGAGAAGCGUUCUGUCAGACUCGGACGGAGGUGGAAGUCCUUUUAUAAAAACUGUAUCAGUGGAGCGACUGAAGCCGCUGUCUCUCUGAGCCUUAUCGCAACUUUUUUGUUAUUUGAUUUGAUACUGUUUUUUUUAUUUUGUAGAAUAUUUCCAGGAUGUGUUCACACACGUAUCUCUGCCCUUCACAGCUAUAUUCUGAAUGAAUCACUUUGAAAAGACGACUCGUCCUUGCAACACUGUGACUGUUCAGAGAGGGGCGUGCACCGUCUCCUGAUCACCACUAGGGGGAGACACCACUGCUCUCCCGUUUCGGGGUGCACGAAAUGCAUCAGUUAACGUAUAAUCAAGUAUUACUGUAUGUUUUUAAUUCUGCUUGAGAUCAAAUCGGAAGUCCAGCCAGAACGCCGUCGGUCACGCUGAGAGAACGAUGCUAAUGCUAAUGAAUGAAGGAGCUGUGUACAUGCUAAAGCUAAUCGUUGUGCCAAUAACCUCAAGUGGCCUUGUGGUACAACACAUGAACUCAUCGUCUCUUUCAUCCUGAUGUGGCUCUGAAGGAGGUUUUUCUGUGGUUUCUGUCAUGAUGAAGCGUCACGUUCUUUAUAAGCCAUGAAAACGACGUCCCCUUCAGCUUCCCAGCUCAUCGCUGUUUAAAAAUCAAAACAAAAAAAAAACAACACUUGUUUUUAGACUGAGAAAAGGCUGAAAUGUGAGCUGGAGGUGAAGCAAAUGUAAAAAUACAUGAAAGAGCCACAUUUCGGUGUGUAAUUGAUCCACACCGCCUUCAGAAAACAUCUACAGAAGGAAUUUCAUGUUCAGUUUCAAAGCUAUUAAUUUGGUGCCUUUGUCACAGUGAUACAACACAUCAGCCUUUUGCAUCUUUAUUUUUUUUUUUUCAUUCUUUCAGCCAGGUGUAGUAUAUGCACAGAACGCCUGCUCAAGUUACUGUUUACUUCCAUAGUUGUUUAUGAAAGGAUUUAUCUAAAAAUCAUUUAUCAAACCAUGUUAAUUUAAAUCCACCUCGACAGUUCUCACAGUGUCUUAACCUGUGUCCAAUAAAAUACAUGAAUGUUA